AUGACCGACAAGGUCUUAGCUAAAAGAGACGAGUUCUUGAGGUCUCAAACCAUCGAGCAUGAAGUGCCCACUCCGAAGGAAAUUCCCCAAGAGGAGUUGAUGAAAAGAGUUCCGAGACCGCUGAGACAUGUUAAAUAUAUUCCAGUGAAGAACCUGGUUUUUUUCUCAAAGCACAUCCCACCCCAGUUCUCCUACGAAACCAAGAUCAAAACGCCCAUACCUAGCGACAAACUAGUAGUGCAAGUCCGGAACGCAGGUUUAAAUCCAGUUGAUCUCAAAAUUAUGAACAGUUACACGCGUAAUAUGAAUCGUGAAGUUGGCCUAGGGCGUGAAUUUAGCGGAGUUAUCAUCGAAGUUGGCGCCGGACAGCGUGGCCAGUGGAAAGAGGGCGAUGAGGUAUAUGGGCUGUUUUACCACCCUAACUUGGGUUUCGGAACGGCGCAAAGCUCCAUCUUAGUUACACCUUCGAAAGAUGUUAUUUUGAAAAAGCCUUCCAAUAUUGGUUUUCAAGCUGCUGCGGGCACAUUGUAUUGUUUGGGUGCGGCAUUUAAUAUCCUUGACGCACUGGAGGCUAAGGGCCAGCUCACAGAGAAAUCAAACGUUUUAAUUAACGGAGGUACUACGAGCGUGGCCAUCUUUGCCAUUCAGCUACUGAAGUACCAUUACCGAAUUCCUAACAAACUGGUUCUGUUGUGUUCAGAAUAUGGUGCCACGCUGCUGAAAUCCUAUUUUCCAGAUUUAUGCGAUGAACUGAUAUUUGUGAACUACGUGAUGCAUUCUAGACAAAUCCACAAGCCUCUCCAAGACAUGAUUAGUAAUCGUGAAACUAUCAGCUACGACGCUACUUCAGGCCAGCCGAUUUCAAUCCCAUACGACCAAGGCAAGUUCAGCAUUAUCCUUGACUUUGUCGGUGGUUACCAACUCAUAAGUCAUACAGACUCGUUACUUUCCAAGAAUGGAGCAUACGUCACAACUGUGGGAGAUUACAAAGCUAAUUAUUCUAGCGAUGUCUACAAUGCUUGGGAUAACCCAAGUGCUGGUGCGAGAAAGAUUUUUGGUAAAAUGCUAUGGACAUUCGAUUACACGCACUUUCAUUUUGAUCCAAACGCAAAAUACGCUACAAAGAAUGACUGGGCCGAGAAAUGUGCAGAACUUGUUGAGAGUGAGGUAGUGAAGUGCAUCGUGGACAAGGUCUACGACUGGAAGAAUUUCGAUAAGGCAUUGGAGUACGUGAAAUCCGGUCAUUGCCAUGGGAAGGUCAUACUUGAAGUGGAGAAGUUCUAG